GAAAUUGACAAAUACAAAUUAUGGCUAACAGAAGGACCACAUCCACGAGUAGCCUCCUGCAAAAUUUGCAAAAAGAAUUUGCAACUUUUCACAAUGGGGGAGUCUGCACUGUCGAGUCACAUGAAAGGAAAGAAGCAUCAAUAUUUGAUGAGAAGACUUAUGAAUCCAGGUCCUACAGUGGGGGAUUUUUUCCAGUGGACAAACAACACCUCAAACAGCACAGCUACGUCCACAUCAACACCCAACAGAGUGGAGAGUGACAGUGCUGUGGAAGCAGCCAGCGGAGUAGCAGCAGGAGUUGCCCCUCUACCACCCACAGAGUCCACUAAUCCACAUCAGACUACCACCAGGACCACAAGCACCAUAACAUCAUUUGUUACCUCGAAUUCAACACUAAAAGCAGAAAUUUGCUGGGCAGCAAAAGUUGUAACCAGCCACUAUUCAUACAAAUCAUGUGAGAAUGUAGGGGACGUUUUCAGAACCAUGUUCUCUGACAGUGACAUAGCAAAGCAGUUUACUGGAGGGGAGCGAAAAGUAGCGUAUCUCACCACGUUUGGGAUUGCUCCUCAUUUCUCUUCCUUAAUGAAAGCUAAUGCCAAGAAAGAGUCUGAAUAUGUACUUCUUUUUGAUGAAAGUCUGAAUAGGGAAAUUAAGAAAUGUCAGCUUGACAUGCACAUGAGAUUCUGGAGUGAUAACCAAGUAAACUCACGGUACCUGACAUCAUUUUUCAUGGGCCACCACACUGCAGAACAUAUGUAUGAGAAGAUUGAAAAAGUGUGUUCUGAUAUAGGCUUCCAGAACUUGAUUCAGCUGUCGAUGGAUGGCCCAAAUGUGAAUUGGAAGACCUUCUCACUGGCCCAGCAGAACAUUGAACAACAAACAGGCAAAAAAAUGUUAAAUAUUGGAAGUUGUGGUUUGCAUAUACUACACAAUGCCUUCAGAGCAGGGUGUGCAUCCACAGACUGGGAUCUGGGAAAUGCUCUGUCCAGCCUUAAAUGGCUAUUCAAGGAUGUUCCAGCUCGUAGGGAAGACUAUACGAAAGUGACUGGUUCCACAUCCUUUCCACUUGAUUUCUGUAAUCAUCGAUGGCUGGAAAAUAUAGAAGUGGCUGAGCGUGCCCUUCAGAUCUUGCCCUCUCUGCAAAUGUACAUCAGUGCUGCCAAAACUAAAACUGUAACAGAGCCAAUUACAAAGUCUUUCAAAACUGCUCAAAUGAUUUUGCAAGAUGAACUCUUCCCAGCAAAGCUCAACUUCUUUCUCAUGGUGGCUAGGGAAAUCACGCCAUUUUUAAAGUUAUACCAGACUGACAAACCCAUGCUGCCAUUUAUGUGCAGUGAUCUCACAAAUACGAUGAGAAGUUUAAUGGAGAAGUUCAUCAAGCCCAGUGUCAUGAAGAAUGCAACUACCCCUAUAAAGCUUCUUCAAGUUGACUAUGCUGAUCCAGUCAACCACAUGGAUGUCACCAAACUAAGAGUUGGAUUUGUCACAGAACGAGCUCUAGAGGAGCACAUGAAGAAGAAAUCAGAAGCUGAGAAGCCAAGGCUGGAAUUCAGGCAGAACUGCAAGCUGUUUUUGCUGAAAAUGGUCGCCAAGCUCUUUGAAAAGGCACCACUUAAGUAUCCUCUUGUGAGAAGCCUGUCAGUUUUGGAUCCAAGGGUGCUCCUCGAGAGCAAAGAUGUAAGUACCCGAAAACUCACCACUAUUCUACGACUCCUUGUGGAAGCUGGCCGUAUUGAAGAAAUGUGCUGUGAUGAAAUUCUGAGGGAGUUUGGUCACUUUCAUGACAACAGCAUGAUUUCGGCAUCAGAUUCUUUCAGGAACUUCAACCCACAAAGCGAAAGGUUGGAUGAAUUUUACCAUGGACAUUUAUCCAACAAACCAGACUUUCACCACCUAUGGAGGGUAUUAAAACUCGUCUUAGUCCUCUCACAUGGUCAAGCCUCUGUUGAAAGAGGUUUUUCUGUUAACAAGGAGGUGAUGGUUGAGAACCUUAAGGAGCAUUCACUGAUUGCUCAGCGGAUCAUUAUUGACCAUGUGAACCAUAUUGGAGGUUUGCUCAACAUAGUGUACACAAAGGAGCUACUCCUGUCUGCAGCUGCUGCCAGGCAGAAGUAUCACAUCUAUCUUGAUGAACAAAAACGUCUAAAGCAUGAUGAACAAAAAGCACAGAAGAGGAAAGGAUGAGAUAACAGAGAUGAAAGCCAAAAAGAAGAGAAUGGAGGAGGAUAUGAGGGCUCUCCUAAAGUCUGCUGAUCGGAAUGCAGAAAAAGCUGAGUCGGAAGGAAAACUGUACUUCAUCUCAAAAUCCAAUGGACUUCGAAGAGCUGCAAACAAAAAGGAAAAAAGUCUGGAGGAUUUGGAAAAACAGCUAACUGACAAACUCAAGGAACUGAAAGACACUUCUUAAUAGGCCCCACCCUUUUUGGCUUUACUAUGCAGUAUUUUGUUGUCUGGUUCAGUUUUGUUUGUUUUUGAACAUAAAGGGAUAAAUACCUCUGACAAGUUGAUUUGUUCACAUUUGCACAUAAUGUUUAGGUGAAAUAUGCAUUUUGAGUUUAUGCACUAUAUGUAUGCGAUAACUUUUUGCCUCUGCAGUAUUUUGUUUUGUGGGUUUUUUUUGUUUUUUUGUUUACAGAAAGGAAAAAAGGACAUUCAGAUCAACCUAAGAUUUAAUUUGCACAUGGUCUUACAGAGAUAAUGUGAAGUGAAAUGUGU